GCAAUAGACUUCGGCGCUAAGAUCAAGUGGCAAGGCACCGCCACAUUACAUCGUGUACGUGUUGUUGGAGGCUUGAGUGGCGUUUGCAGCAGUGUACAUAAGCAUGAGAGCCUGACACUGGAAGCUGACGGCGUUUCUGUAUAGAAGAUGAAAGAAAGGAUUAGCAACGACUUAUCUUAUGUAAAAGCAGGGUAUAGAAGUGACAAGUGGAAGUGGGUCCUUAGCUUAUCACAAGGCAAAAGCUUAGUUCAGAAUGUUGCUGUUGGUGAACCUGAUUCAUGUGAAGUAGAUGAGCCUGCAGCAGCAUCAGCAACAGAAGCAGCCCUAGCAGAAGCAGCAACGACAACAGAAGCAACAGCAGCAGAAGCAGUAGUAGCAAAAGAAACAGCAGCAAAAGAAACAGUAACAGAAGCAACAGCAGCAGCAGAAGAAACGACAGCAGCAGCAGCAAAAGAAACAGCAACAGCAACAGCAGCAAAAGAAACAAGAGCAGAAGGUGUAGUAGCACAAGUAGUUGGAGAAGCAGGUAUAAUCAAGCCAGAGAAAGAUGCUCUCCCAUCAGAGGUUGUCACAGACAAAACAGCACAGAAGAAUUUCGCCACACAAAACCAUACUACACUUCCUCAAGCCAUCACGGAAGAACUGCUUACUAAAGAACAAAUAUUGAAGACAUAUGGAAUGGAUAAAUGGCCUAAACAACUCCCAUGCCAAAAGAAAUGUUCUAGCAAUCCUUGGUGCCUUGCUGAUCUUAAAGCUGGGACUGGGAAAGAGAAAGUCCGUCCCACUGAUCAACCGAGAGACCCUUCAACGCCUGUUGGUCUUCAAAACACAGCAAAUACGUGUUGGAUCAAUUCAGCUCUCCAAGCUCUUUUCCAUUUGCCAAAGUUCAGAAAUGUAAUUAAUUCAGUGGGAGGAUUUACUGGAGAGGAGAGCUUGACCUGCAUGUUGUAUCUUUUGCAAGCAAUGUUUGUGGAGAUGGAAACUCAUGGCAAUAGAGCUGUAGCAUGCAGUCCUGGAAGUGUUUUUGAAAAGAUGGGCAUGUAUGCUACUCAAGAAAUCAUGUGUAAGGAUGUUGAUCAUGAAGUUCUAAAGUGUGUAUCUGAGUUUCUGGAAAAUACUAUUGACACACUUGUGGCUGAUCCGAGAGUGGGGCCACAGCUGCGUCCCCUCUUCAGCACAUCACUCACAAGGAUAGCAAGAUGGAAAUGUCCUGCUUGUGAGAGAGAACAUGAAAACCAGUUAGCACCAGCCACAUCAUACACCAUGGCAGCCUAUGUGAGUGGUGAUGAGUGUCCCCUUGAUCAGUGUCUGGUAGACCUGCAGACUGAAACACAAACUGGGGUGUCCCUGGUGUGUGGUUCUGAGGAUUGGGGAAUUGGAGGUUGUGGAGCCAGGGUGAAGGCAGACCGAAUAGUGACACCCAAGAUACAGAUGUUGCCAGCCAUUCUAGUCAUCAGAAAUAACAGCCUAAUGGACCGUGAGCUGAAGCGACGCCUCCAUGUGGUGUACCCUGAGACACUUGACCUCACCUCUCACACACAGAACCAUGUAGCAGCCACUUAUUCCCUUUCUGCUGUCAUUUUUCACCAUGGUCAUUGGGUCAAACACUUUUCAGCUCAUGUGAAAACUGGUGACAAGUGGUACAACUUUAAUGAUGAGCAGGUUUCCCAGUUAUCAAAUCGAUCUUCAACUGGCAAUCCGUCAGAAAGCCAUCGCAACUAUUUCAGUGUUGCAAAUGUAGCACAAAAGUACAAGCAUCGGCCAGGACUUCGAGUUUCACGAGGAGCCUUUGUGUGGAUAUAUGUAAACACUCAGUCCCAGGCAGCAGAAUCAAUGGCUGUGCCUCCAUCAGAGUCUGUGGUUGAAUAUGUCUUGGUGAAACAAAAUGAAAGUGUGAAUGUCAAUCAUCAGCACCAAGCAGAAAUGAGGAAGGAGAAGGAAGCUUUGCUGUCUCAGUGUGCUGUUGCAGACACAUCAGAAAGCUACACGUUAAUCUCUGAGCCUCUCUUAAGUGCCUGGUACAAUGAUGAUAGCCUGAAGUAUACGCCUCAACCUUCAGUUCUUGCUCAAGCUCUCUGUGAACACAAACUCUUCAGCCCACUUAAAUAUAAUCUAAUGAAAUGUAUUAGAACCAAUGCUGUCAAAGAAUUGCUGAGUCAUCCAUUUGGGAUUCAUGAAGAUGAUGCAUUGCUGAAAUUGGGGUUGCCAAUCACUUUACCUUCAGAGACUGGUUUCUGUAAAGUGUGUGUGAUUAAGUAUGUCAACCACAUACUCUUCAUAGAGAGAGUCAAGGCUCUCCACAAGCAAGCAAAGAAGGAGUCUCGCAGGGAGUGUGAUUGCCCAGUAAUGGUUAUUGGGACAGAAACCUUGGAGUUCUGGCCAAGGUUAGCCCUAAGUGCCUAUGUAAAGGAACAUGGAAUUGAUGUAGAAGAUGGUGGAGAGACAGAAAAUGGGACUGAUACAUGUAAAAAAAGUGAGGAGAGUAGUAAGCUUUUAGCUCAGAUUGCCAGUAGUGAUGAUAAAGUGAACAGGACUUCAGACAGUAGUGAUGUGCGUGAAAAAAAUGAUGUCCAAACAGAGAAGGGUAUGAAUGUCUGUGAUACUACAAGUAUAGUACCUGAUACAGAGUGCAAAAGUGCCUGUGAAAGUCAAAUGGAAGAAACUGAAAGUUUGGAGAAAACAGCAUCCAAUAGCAAAGAAAAAGAAAUUAAAGAGGGCAAUAGGGAGUUGAUGUUGUUCAAUGAAGACAUUGUGUGUAAGCACAACCUACGUUCUCCCACCGCUGCAUCCUGUAAGCUCCCACAGGACUUGGCUAAAGAAAUUAUUGGUCUCUGCAGUGAGUCUAUACACCCUGCCAUAUACCAAGAAGAUUUUGACACCUGUCUACAGUGUGGAGCUGUGCUAGAAGAAUCAGUGCGAAACUGUGAAAGUGGUCGGCUACAGAAAAAGCAGUUAACUAACCUUUUCUUGGAAAAGAGACGACCGCAUCCUGUCCGUGACCCAGGGAAAAGUAUAUACCUUAUAUCAAGAGGAUUUUACCAUCUUUGGAAAAGUUAUGUCAGGUCCUGUGAACGUGGAGACUUGGUAGUAAGUCCUCCCAAGCAGCUUGAGAAUGCCUCACUUCUUUGCUCCCACGGCCAUCUGCUGUUUCCAGUCAUGGCCCUUGAACCUCAUGAACUGUCUGAACACCUGGUGCUGGUGUGGGAGGAGGAGUGGACCACGCUGAAGGAGCUUUACCGGCCGGACCACGUCGUCACCGCCUUCUACAAUGAAGUCGGCUCUCUCAUGACGGACCCUGUGGUGUGUGAGAACGGGUGUGUGGAGAUGCGCCUGGCCAAGGACUACGAGGAACAGUUUUCCUACGAGCACGAGAUCAUCCACGUCCGGCAAGUGAACUCCGUCACCGACAUUCCCCGCAGACUGAGUGGCAGGACGCGGGGCCCCUCGCAUGUCGGAGCCUCCGCCGCUCUAAACAACGAGAGCUUGGGGCCUCGUAAAAAGCCUCGUCUGGCGACAGGUUCUGGGGGAGCGGGUGGCAUGCCGUCCAGCAGUCAGCGGCUGGUUCGUGCCUCUCGCACCUUCUCAUCCACUGACACCAUCCGCGAGGUGCAAAACUUUAUCGCGGAAAGGACCGGAAUUUGGCCCAUGCUGCAGACGCUUUGGGUUUGUGGAGAGGAACAGCAGAAGGGCGGGGAGGCGGAAGGCGGCCAGCCCUUGCAGCUCACAGACGACCAUCGUGCCAUGACACUCAACGCCCUCAGGAUUCGCCCUGGGGACACAAUCUACUUCAGAGCUGCGGUGGAGGACAUGGAGCGAGCAGCUGGGGAUGGCGUGGUGGAAUUCAACGAAAUGGAUGAUGACUGAUGCAAGGUCGGGCUGUAUCAGCGAUUACUUGCUGAUGAAGAGCGGUGUGGAGUGGGGCGCUGCUCAGGGUGGAUGGAGGAGGUGGUUGGCGUGGUCACAGGAGGCUCGUUCUGCUUGACGGCCUCCACACUGGACUUGAGGGGUCGGGGUACUGCGCCGCCUCCAUCACUUCGUCGCCCUCGGUGUGAUCAGUCAUAGCUGUGAUUUUUUCUUCUUUUGUCGCUCCUCGGUCCAAUGUUUGAUUCAUACAGCUUUUUCUCAAUAAUACAUAUCAUUUAUAUAUAUUUAUCGCAUUUAACAUUAAUUUCUGCUCUAAGAUGCUUAAUUAUUGUUUCUUAAAAUUAUUUUUAUAUAUUCGCUCUGAUUUAGAUCUCAAGAUAUUGACUAAUUAUAAUUAUUCGUGGUUAAUUUUUUUCUCUCUUUUCUCUCUCCGUAUUAAUUCAUAUUAUUAUAAUUUGUUAUGGGGAGUCAGUCUUUGUUUACACGCGCACUUCACGGUGACAACUGUUUUUGUGGCAUCAUAUAGUUGAGUCUCACCGUGUGUUCGUCAGUUGACGUGUGAUAUCUAUGCCUUUUACGAAUACUUGUCACGGCCAAUAACUUCCCUCGUUCGCUUUUCUCUUCCUCCGGUUAAGGAAUGCACAGACUGUCGAGUCUUGCCAAUCGGAUAGUGUUUUGUUGUAGAUUAAAUUUAACUAUUGUCGUUGAAAGCAGUUUUGUAAGUAAAAACAUCUUGUCUCAUUUAUUUAUACACAAAAAAUGUAUUCUUGGAAUUUGUCUGCGUAUUGCAAGGAAACGUCUUUACUUGAUAUUAUAAACAUUUUAUUACACCACUAUAAAUGAUGAUGAUUAAUUUGGGUAUUGCAUCCUCUGGCCGUCAGUUCUUACAUUUAUUUAUAACACCCGCUUUUCCCACAUGCUAGACAGUGUCAAUAGUCACGCCCGCUUAAGCACAAGGGCUUGGUUUGUGUUAGUAUUUAUAGUUAAUUUAAUGUUUAAACCACAUAUAUUAUUGUGUAUUCAUAAGCAUGCAUGCAUCUCCCCGGGGUUGCGAGGACCUGAGGGGGCAGAGGCCACUUUGAUUUACGCUGCGGCGGAGGACAUCCAUGCUAUACAUUGCUGUGCCUUGAUCUAACGUCAAACUCUGCUACAAUAAUUCUUUGCAAUUAUCUUAUACUUUCCAUUUUGGUGUCGUAUUGGUUUUCCGUUGUACUGAAAAAUAACAGCAACGUCCGCGUCGUCCUCCGCUCAGGUCUAGGAAGACAGAAAGGCCUUGAGAAUAAGUGGCCGUCACGACGAAGGGCGAGACGAAUCGGUGGAUCGUUUAUUAGUCCUUGUUGUUUCAAUAAUUCAAUCUCUGAAAUACAAAGCUCGGCAAGGA